GUAAAGGCGCGUUAAUGCGCUUACCGGGCACGUCACGCGCCACGGACGGGCGAAGGAGCGAAGGAGUGAAGGGACGGAGGAGUGCAGGAACGAUGGCAGAGGAGAAGCUCUCCCCUGCGGGGACACACAGCGAUGCAGAGCCAUGGCGCUGCUGCUGAAGAACUGACCGCUGCUCUGCCACAGCGAUGCCGCGCAACCUCACCUCUCCCACACACACCAGCAGCAGCAGCAGCAGCACCGAGUACAACUUCCCCGCGCUCAUUUUCGGAGUCCUGCUGAUCGUCGUGAUCAUCUGCGGAAACGUGCUCGUGUGCCUGAGCGUGUACGCCGAGAAAGCGCUCAAAACCACCACCAACUACUUCAUAGUGAGUCUGGCUGUUGCAGACCUGCUGCUGGCUGUGCUGGUGCUGCCCCUCUUCGUGUACGCAGAGUUCCAGGAUGGAGUCUGGUCACUGAACAUGACUAUCUGCGAUGGCCUGAUGACCAUGGACGUGAUGCUGUGCACUGCCUCUAUAUUCAACCUCUGCGCCAUCAGCAUCGACAGGUUCAUCGCGGUGUCUGUCCCACUGAACUACAACCGCAAGCAUGUGGACCAUCGGCAGAUUGUCCUGCUGUCAGCCACGUGGAUCCUGGCACUGGCCGUGGCUUCACCUGUGCUGUUCGGCAUCAAUGACGUGCCAAACCGGGACCACAGAGAAUGCAAGCUGGAAGACAACAACUACAUCGUCUACUCCUCGGUAUGUUCCUUCUUCGUGCCCUGCCCCAUUAUGCUGAUGCUCUACUGCGGAAUAUUCAGGGGCCUCAGAAAUUGGGAGGAGGCGAGGAAAGCCAAGCUGAAGAGCGGCAUGCAGGCCUGUCAGAAGCUUCAGGAGGCCGCAGCAUCUCUACCGCCACUGGCUUCUCUACCGCCCCCACUGCCCCCCAUCAUAGAAAAAGACUUCUCAGACAUGAACCUGGAGGAACUGGACCAAGACCCAGACCCAAUCGACCAUUAUCCCACAGAAUGUAAGGACGGGCCUGUGAAUUCACUGUCCUACCCUGAUGGAGCUUACCACCAGGACCAGAAUCAGAACCAGAAGAGGAAGAGGGCGAAGAUUAAUGGGAGGGAGAGGAAGGCCAUGAGGGUUCUUCCUGUCGUAGUGGGUGCCUUCCUGUUUUGCUGGACUCCAUUUUUUGUGGUGCACACCAUGCGCGCUCUGUGCGAGGACUGUGAUAUUCCCAGCAGCCUCAUUAGCAUCGUCACGUGGCUAGGUUACGUUAACAGUGCUCUCAACCCCAUCAUCUACACCGUCUUCAAUACUGAGUUCAGGAAGUUCUUCAAGAAGUUUCUGCCUAAUUGCUGCUAAUCACUUUGCAUGCCUAAUGAA